AUGUCUUCUCCAUCAUCUGGCGGGAGUGUAGGAAAACGGAAGCGUACUGCUACUGGGUUGUCCAAGACAUCAUCAACGCUCGAUCAAUUACAGAAUUCGUCAAGAGAUGCAUCUGGUGAAGAUGGCGAAUCUACAGCUCCGGAAACUCGAGAAACACGCAGCUCGAGUCAUAAAAAGGUCCUUUCGGUCGAUGCUCAAAACCCACCUGCGAAACGCCUUCGAUCAUCUACACAUGAUAAAGUAGCAGUUAAUGGAUCUGAUAAUGCGCGAGAUCCGGGAGAGCCAUCGGAUACAACUGAGGGUAGUACAGAUAUCGCGAACAGAGUUGGAAAGAAGGGAAGAAAAAGUAUCUCAAAGGGAGAAGAUGGGGAGCAAGAGGUAGAGAAAGAUAAAGAGGAAAAUGCACCAUCGAUGGCCCCACCACCAAUUGGAAAAUUGAUGGAUCCUGUUGGAUACAAGACCAAUCCACCACCUACCGGUAGACCAGUUCGUGUUUACGCGGAUGACGUUUAUUUAUUGGUCGGAGUUACGGGAGACGCGGAAACACACAAGAGAAAAGGACUUACAGUUCUAUCCGGGCAAGAGCGAGCUGAGACUGUAAGACAUUGCAAGUGGGUGGAUGAGGUUGUUGAAAAUUGUCCAUGGAUUGUUACUCCGGAAUUUUUGGCAGAAAAAAGGAUCGAUUACGUCGCGCACGACGAUCUUCCAUAUGGAGCGGACGAAGGAGAUGAUAUUUACAAACCAAUCAAGGAACAAGGUAAAUUUUUGGUUACACAGAGAACCGAGGGUGUUAGCACAACUGGUAUCAUUACAAAAAUUGUUCGUGACUAUGAGAAAUAUAUUGCGCGUCAAUUCAAGCGAGGUACUACAAGACAAGAGCUUAACGUAUCAUGGCUUAAGAAGAAUGAACUUGACCUAAAACGUCAUGUUGCAGAAAUGAGAGAAGCUAUCCGAACAAAUUGGAGUACUACUGGCCAAGAAUUGGGAAAGGAAUUGAAACAAUUCUGGCAAUCUAGUCGUCCCGGUAGUCCUGCACGUAUGCAUAGCUUUGAUGGAAAUAGUACUGGGAGUCUCACAAGCCCAUCUGCUCUACAACACCUUACACGCCGUUUGGAAAUUCCAAGAAAUGAUAACUCAGGUCCAGGCAGUGAUUUUGCGACAGGAUAUAGUUUGGGUCUUAUUGGUGGUGUACGAUCAUGGAUGACUAGAAGUCGAUAUAACAAUCGUGAUAGUUUACAAGGAAGUGAAAGUAGCGAAGAAGAAAGUGAGGAAAGAUUAUCACCGAGAAGUAAAAGUGGAAAGGAAAACUUCAAACCUGAUGAAAAUGAGGUUGAUGAAGAACAAGUCGACGCACAAAUUGAUGCUGCUAUGGCGGAAAAUGCUAAGAAAUCUGGACAAUAA